AUGCCCUCUCCAUCCCCCUCCAGCACCUCCUCCCUAUCCAACAUCCCAACCGCCCACGCGAGCUUCGAGCCCGUCCGCACCUCCGAAACCCGAACCCUAAGCCGGCCGCAAACCAACAUCGAGGUCUCGCGCAUCGAGACCCUCCGUCUAACGCACGAAUCCACCGUCGGGUCCAAGGCGCCUCAGACUCCCCGGGAUGAAUGGCUACCUAUGGGUGGGGGGAAAGAGUUUCCCCCGUCACUACCGGAUCCGGAUCGCUAUGUAGUCGAGUUUACGGGUGAGGGGGAUCCGAUGCAUCCGCAUAAUUGGCCGAUUGGGACGAAGAUCCUCCUAUCAGGCAUCCUAGCUUACGUGACGUUUACUGCGUCGUUCGCUAGCGCGAUAUUCUCUUCAACGGUUGGGGCAAUCAGUCUUCACUAUGGAAUCAGCACCGAGGUCGCGACGCUCGGUGUGACGUUAGUGGCUCUGACCGCGGUCUUUGUCGAAGGAUGGGUCUUUCUGGCCUUGACGCUACUGGGGAUCCGCCAGUGGUUGGCCCGCGCGCUGCCUGCGUCGAUCAAGCUGGCAACCGGAACGGGCAUUGGGCUGUAUCUUACGUUGAUUGGACUGACCUACAGUGCGGGAAUCGGGUUGGUAACAGGCGCCACGGACUCGCCUAUUGAACUGGCAGGCUGUGUGGAUAGUCUCCGCGAUGCGACGACCGGCCUCUGUCCGUCGGACGCAAAGAUGCGCAAUCCGACCAUGUGGAUCGGGAUAUUCUGUGGUGGAGUCCUGACAGCUCUGCUGAUGCUUUAUCGGGUGAAAGGCGCCGUCAUUAUAGGAAUCCUGCUGGUGUCCAUCAUCUCGUGGCCGCGACCGACCCCUGUGACGUAUUUCCCGCACACUGAACUGGGUAACAGCAUGUUUGACUUCUUCAAGCAAGUCGUUACCUUCCACCCGAUCAAGCAUACGCUGGUCGCACAGGACUGGGAUAUCACGGGGCACGGAUCGCAGUUUGGGCUGGCCUUCAUUACCUUCCUGUAUGUGGAUAUCCUCGAUACCACCGGCACGCUAUACUCCAUGGCGCGAUUUGCCGGGACGGUUGAUCCUCGCACGCAGGAUUUCGAAGGCAGUGCUCUGGCCUACAUGGUGGACGCCAUUUCCGUCUCGAUCGGAUCCCUCUUCGGCACGUCUCCUGUCACGGCAUUUGUCGAAAGUGGCGCCGGAAUCUCCGAAGGCGGUAAGACCGGGCUCACCUCCUGCAUGACGGGCAUCUGCUUCUUCAUUGCCGUAUUCUUCGCCCCGAUCUUCGCCUCCAUUCCCCCUUGGGCCACUGGCUGCACUCUGGUGAUCGUGGGAGCAUUGAUGGUUAAGGCGGCGGCCGAGAUCAACUGGCGAUACCUUGGCGACGCGGUGCCCGCCUUCCUGACCAUUGCCAUCAUGCCGUUCACCUACAGCAUCGCUUACGGGUUGAUCGCGGGUAUUUUGAGCUACAUCACGCUGAACGGCAUCAUCUGGGCGAUCGAGAAAUUGACGGGGGGACGGAUCGUGCCCCCCAAUAAGGAUGAAAAGGAACCCUGGUCGUGGAGGAUUCCGGGCGGAUUCUUCCCGCCCUGGCUGCGGCGCGCCGUUCGGGGAAAGAAGGACUUCUGGCGGGAGGACGAAAGGGAUCGCAGCGUGAUGGAUGGGGGAUCGGUGGAGUCACAGGAUCGACCGGAAAAGCAAGACGUGGCGGCCGCGAGCAAGGAUAUGUAG